GUGGGCGAUACGCGCGGAAGCAGAGGAAGAAACUGUUGACGCUUUGUUUUCGGGUGUCGGGUCUCAUAACAUAGAUAAAAAUAAAACAUAAAUUAACGCGCGUUUGAGCGACUUGCAUCAACAUGUCGGAUGGCGGCACGUCUAGGAGCGAAACGCCGCUCGCAGCUUCCCGGGAUGGGGUCUCUGAGUCCGCAGCUGGGACCCCCUCCUCCAGGUUCCUGCAGGCUGAGCUGGAGCUGAACGCCCUCCUGCGGGGGCUCACCUUCGGAGAGCCCGUCCGCUACGUUUACAACCCGCUGGAGUACGCCUGGGACACCCACCGCUGCUACGUGGAGAAGUACUGUCUGCCCGGGCAGAAGGUCCUCUUCCUGGGGAUGAACCCCGGACCUUUCGGCAUGGCACAGACCGGGGUCCCUUUCGGUGAGGUGAAGUCAGUCACCGACUGGCUGAAGAUCACAGGGGAGGUCGGUCGCCCCGCCGAGGAGCACCCCAAGAGACGGAUCCUGGGCCUCGGCUGCACCCAGAGCGAAGUGAGCGGCGCUCGUUUCUGGGGCUUCUUCAGGAAGCUGUGCGGCGAGCCCGAGCAGUUCUUCCGCCACUGCUUCGUCCACAACCUCUGCCCGCUGAUCUUCAUGAGCGCCAGCGGCAAGAACCUGACGCCCCCCGAGCUGCCCGCGGACAAACGGGAGGCCCUGCUGUCCCUGUGCGACGCGGCGCUCUGCCAAGCCGUGGCGGCGCUGGGCGUCUCCAUGGUGAUCGGCGUGGGGAAGGUGGCGGAGCAGAGGGCGCGGCGGGCGCUGUCCGCUGAAGGUGUGAAGGUGCGGGUCGAGGGCAUCAUGCACCCGUCGCCCAGGAACCCGUUGGCCAAUAAGGGCUGGGAGGAGGUGGCUAAAGCCAAGCUGGCAGAACUGGAGGUCCUCCCCCUGCUGAGCAGCAGCUAACGAGCCUCCUCUGAGCCUCCUCCGCAGCAAUCUGAUGACUAACGAGGGGACGAAGAGCUGCUGGAAAACGCUGGCCUUACCGUCCAACUUCAACAUGAAAACUCUGCAACGCGGAAAUUUGCAAGGGAUGACGGUGAUAAAGUCGAUAAACUCAACCCCACAAACUUAAAUAAGCUCCUAAAGCCCCACGCUAAAGAGAAUGCUGAGUCUUUUUUAAACGAUGUUUAUGUUACGACUGAUGCCUUCACUCACACAUGGCGUGGUACACGCUUCAUUCGUUCAGCCCAGGUAUCGGUAAGGAGAAACUGGAUGGUGCAUCUCUAGUCGCUGGUCGGCAGAGGCCUCCUCUAGGCGUGUCCUCUAGGUCUGGAUAAGCAUGGUGAAGAAAAUGAGAACAUGAAAUGUGUUUGCAUUUCCAGACAUUAUCCCCCAAUCCCAAUGUCUAAAAGUUGCCGCCUACCUUCCUUGUGUCCUGCCUCCAUUCCUAACUUUUAAUGCCUUCUUUGUUUCCUUCACUCCUUCCUUCCUUCCUUCUUUGUGUCUUUCCUUCCCUCCCUCUCUCCUUGUGUUAUUGCACCUAAAACCUCAAUCCCUUCCAACUCUUUCAGCCUGUCUUUCCUGCCUUUUUUCACUCCAGGUGUCCUUCUUUCCUUUGCUUCCAUCUUCUUCCAUUUGUCCUUUCUUCCUUCCUUGUGUCCUUACUUUCUUUCCAUCUUUGGGUCACCUAUCGUUCGAUCCUUUCUUUCCUUAUUUCCUUUUGGCCUGGCUUCCUUGUUCCCUAGUCCUCCCUUAUCUCCUUACUUUUUUUCCUUUCUUUCAUUCUUUGUGUUCUUCCUUCCUUCCCCUUCUUUCUAUCCUUCCAUGUGCCGUUACUCUUUUCCUACUUGUGUCUUUCCUUCCUUCCUUUUGUUACUCCAUCUUUAUGUCCUAACUCAAUUCCUUAUUGGUGUCCUUCCUUUCUUCUUAUCCUUGCCUCCUUCCUUCCUUGCCUCCCUCCUCUCCUUCAGGCUUCCGUGUUUAAUAUAUGCCAUAAAUGUGUUGUGAACCUUUGUAUUUUCCAUUUUGUAAAUGAACAGAGGAAUUCUAGAGACACGAGCCUGAAAAGGUUUGGGAGUUGUGCAAGAAAAACACACAGGAAUAAAAAAACUCGUCAUCUAAAGUUUGCCAGUGAACAAUCCAAAUGAUUGAGAAAAGGUUUGGCCGAGCGCGGUGUAGUCAGAUGAGACCAAAAUCUGGCUGUUUGGCAGCAACUUUAUCCGCCAUUUGUGGAGGAAGAGACACACUUCACUUGACCUGAAGGACUUUAGCAAGGAUGUAGGUGGAAAAACAUUCAUGAAAUAAAGGGACGGGGGAAAGUACCUUCAAACCUUGAAUAGAACCACCUUGGAGGAAUAUUUUAGCGUGACAGGCCCAAAACAUCUUGCCAAAGCAAGAUGUUUUGGGCCUGGGGAUGAAAUAUCAGCAGGGGAUGAAAUAUUUAUUUCUUUCUCUGGAUAUCUGAAGCUCAGGCUAAGAGGAGACUCUGUUUCCUUUUUUUUUGUGCGUUAGUAAAGGCUCACUGACCUGUUAGGGCUGCAAAUGGAAAUGAUAAUAAAUGCUAUUUGUCCAAUUAGGGCAUCCAUUAGA